GCCAAAUCUCAAGUAUUAUUAUGCAAUAGUGUAAAGAUUAAUUCAAAGCCCAAGUAUUACAUUGGGUUGAUUUUGACUGUUUUUCUCUUCAAUGGAACAACAAAAAAACAUAAUUCCCUCCAGUUCAUCCUUAGUAAAGUACGAAAACCCUAUACUUGUGACACGCAAUCCAGUAAAGAGAUCACCAAAGGAAAAAUCUGCUCAACUAUCACCACGAUCACAAACAGAAAGUGUGAUAAGUAAAUCAGAAAAGCUUCCAGCUUUCAAGCAGAAAAACAGUGCACUAUAUGAAGAAAUUCUCGAUUCAAUACUUCCCCCAAGAGAAUGGGAAGAAGAUGGUCAGUUAUGGGUUCAACAUGUUUCUAGCACUCCUGCCACACGUCUUGAUGUCCUCAAUAUUCAAGAACAGUUAGAUAUGAAGCUACAGCAAAGACAAGCUCGAGAAACUGGGAUAUGUCCCAUUAGAAGGGAACUAUAUGAUCAAUGUUUUGGUAUGUUAAGCUUGUUAUUUUUCUGAUAAUCAAUUUCUUUUUUCACUUGGUGAUUAGGAAGUGUGAAUAUUUUUAUUGGCACCAAUUUAUUGUUUGUAAUUAUAUUUUUAAUCUAAUUUAUAAAAUUUAGAACAUCAGUUAGGAGCUGCAAAUGAAUAAACAUUUUCUUCAUACUUCUAGUUUUCAAAAAAGUUUCAGUUUAUAGAGGAAGAACAUUAUAAGGAAGAACAUUAUAUUUCUGUUGUAGAUAGUAUAUGUACCAUUUUACUAAUAUUUUCAUAGUGUU